CUCAAGGUCCCGCUCGCGGAUCCUAGCCUCCUGGUGCCCUCCGAGGAGCUGGCGAUAUGCAAGUACUACGAAAAGCGAUUGCUGGACUUCUGUGGAGCCUUCAAGCCUGCUAUGCCCAGAUCCGUGGUGGGGACAGCUUGCAUGUAUUUUAAACGCUUUUAUCUCAAUAACUCGGUGAUGGAGUAUCAUCCUCGGAUAAUAAUGCUGACGUGUGCAUUUUUGGCCUGUAAAGUAGAUGAGUUUAAUGUGUCCAGUGCACAGUUUGUUGGUAACCUUCGAGAAAGCCCACUGGGACAAGAAAAAGCCCUUGAACAAAUACUGGAAUAUGAACUACUGCUCAUUCAGCAGCUGAACUUCCAUCUUAUUGUCCACAACCCAUACAGACCGUUUGAGGGAUUUCUGAUUGAUUUGAAGACCCGCUAUCCCAAGCUGGAAAAUCCUGAAGUUUUGAGGAAGACAGCUGAUGACUUCCUCAGUCGAGUGGCUCUGACAGAUGCCUACCUGCUCUUUCCUCCCUCCCAGAUAGCUCUUGCUGCCAUAAUAUCUAGUAGUGCAAGAGCAGGAAUUCAUAUGGAAAGUUAUUUAUCAGAAAAUCUUAUGCUGAAAGAAAACAGAGUAUCCUUAAGCAAUCUACUAGAGGCCAUGAAAUGUAAGUAA